GCCGAGGAGGGGAAGAUGGCGUGGCGAGGCUGGGCGCAGAGAGGCUGGGGCUGCGGUCAGGCCUGGGCUGCGCUCGUGGGCAGCCGUAGCUGCGAGGAGCUCAGUGCGGCCCUGGCCCCGCCACGGCUGCUCGGACGCAGGUUUAACCUCUUUAUUCAGCAAAAAUGUGGAUUCAGAAAAGCACCCAGGAGGGUUGAACCUCGAAGAUCAGACACAGGGACAAGUGGGGAAGCGUACAAGAGAAGUUCUUUGAUUCCUCCUGUAGAAGAAACAGUCUUUUCUCCGUCUCCCUAUUCUAUAAGGACUCUUGUAAAGCCUUUAUUUUUUACUGUUGGGUUCACAGGCUGCGCAUUUGGGUCAGCUGCUAUCUGGCAAUAUGAAUCCCUGAAAUCCAGGGUCCAGAGCUAUUUUGAUGGUUUAAAAGCUGAUUGGUUGGACAGCAUAAGACCACAGAAGGAAGGGGACUUCAGAAAGGAGAUUAACAAGUGGUGGAAUAACCUAAGUGAUGGCCAGCGGACUGUGACAGGUAUCAUAGCUGCAAAUGUCAUUGUAUGCUGUUUAUGGAGAGUACCUUCCCUCCAGCGGACAAUGGUCAGAUAUUUCACAUCCAAUCCAGCAUCCAAGGUCCUUUGCUCUCCAAUGUUGCUGUCAACGUUCAGUCAUUUCUCCUUGUUUCACAUGGCAGCCAACAUGUAUGUUUUGUGGAGCUUCUCCUCCAGCAUAGUAAACAUCCUCGGUCAAGAGCAGUUCAUGGCAGUGUACCUGUCGGCAGGUGUUAUUUCCAAUUUUGUCAGCUACAUGUGUAAAGUUGCCACAGGAAGAUACGGACCAUCACUUGGUGCGUCGGGUGCCAUCAUGACUGUCCUGGCAGCCGUCUGCACCAAGAUCCCAGAAGGCAGGCUGGCCAUUAUCCUCCUCCCGAUGUUCACAUUCACGGCAGGGAACGCCCUGAAAGCCAUUAUUGCCAUGGAUACCGCAGGACUGAUCCUGGGAUGGAGGUUCUUUGACCACGCAGCACAUCUCGGGGGAGCGCUCUUUGGAAUGACAAUACUGAAUAUACAUACCAUGGACUGCCAAAAGAAUGAACAAAUCUGUCUUGGAAGAAACACAAUCAGAAUGCUCCUCAGAAGGAUGGCGAGACUACAUCUCACAUACUUUGGACAUGUUAUAUCAGGAGGGACCAGUCCUUGGAGAAGGACAUCAUGCUUGGUAAAGUAGAAGGUCAGCGAAAAAGAGGAAGACCUUCAACAAGAUGGAUUGACGCAGUGGCUGCAACAAGGGACUCAAACAUAGCAACGACUGUGAGGAUGGCAUAGGAUGGGGUGCUGUUUCGUUCUGUUGUACAUAAGGUCGCUAUGAGUCAGAACCAACUUGAUUACACCUAACAAACAACAACUUAGAGAUAUUGUUCGGCAGCUUAAUUGUGAUGAAAUCAUUGAAUUCGUAAGAACAAAGGAUAGAUGUUUUUAUAACAUUUUAGAGAUGAAGGAUCCAUGUAAAAAUAAAAUACAGUAAUUUGUUCUAAUAUUUGUUUUCUGGUCAUUAAAUUUUCUUAUAACAUCUUUUAAUUUGUUCAUUUAUAAUUAUAGCAUUUGUUACAAACCAAGCAUCAAAACUGAAGUAUGAGCUGUUUAAAGCAAAACUGAUAAAUUUUUUUUGUUCUGGGAGAUCAACACAAUUUUACACUGAUUGUUGAAACAACUAAGUUCACUGACUCAUUUUCUUGUUGAAUACGUGGAAUACUCUUUGUAGAAAAUGUGAUAUACAGUAAAUAUAUUCUUUUUUGUUAAAAAUGUAGUAUAUAGUAAAUAAAAUCUUAGUACCUUGCAUCCGCUAAAAAUUUUAUAAUCCAGUUCAUCUCAUUCUGCUAAGAUGGAAUAUGCUACUUUGGCGUUCAAUUUCUAAUAUAGUCGCCAUUAAAAAGUUACAUCAGUGAUAGCUAAGACAAACACAUACAUAUACAGCUCACAUAUUCUGUUCAAAUGCAUGAGUAAGCACAGGAGGGAGCACCACAGGUUGUCAGUGUUUAGGGCCUUCACAUGCCUUAAUCCGGCCUGCCUGUGUGACUAUGACAAACUUAAAACUCCUCAGUGUGGCAACCAAGUCCCUCUGCAGUCAGUCUCUGCUACUUCCGGCUGAGCCCUUAUCCCCCAUAUCUGCCAUUUCUGCCCCACCUGCUUGCCUGCCCUCACUACAGGAGCAAGUCUAGACUUCCAUGUCCCUCUUUACGCUAUUCCUGACAUUGUCUAAUUCUCUUGUGCUUUCCACCACUCUUCUGUCAGUUUGUCGUACUGUGGUGGCUUGCAUGUGCUGUGAUGCUGGAAGCUAUGCCACUUGUAUUUCAAAUACCAGCAGGGUCACCCAUGGUGGACAGGUUUCGACGGAGCUUCCGGGUUUAGACAGAAUAGGAAGAAGGACCUGGUGGUUUCUUUCUGAAAAACUGGCCAGUGAAGACAUUAUGAAUUGCAGCAAAACACUGUCUGAAACGGUGCCAGAAGAGCCCCACAUGUUGGAAGGCACUCAAAAUACACCUGGGGAAGAGCUACCUCCUUAGAAUUAACCUUAAUGACAUGGAUGGAAUAAAGCUUUCAAGGCCCUCAUUUGCUGAUGUGGCAUAACUCAAAAUGAGAACAGCUGUAAAUAUCCAUUGGUAAUUAGAACGUGGAAUGUACAAAGUAUGAAGCUAGGAAAACUGAAGUCCUCAAAAAUGAUAUGAAACACAAAGAUUGAUAUCCUAGGCAUUAGUGAGCUGAAAUGAACUAGAAUUGGCCACUCUCACUCAGACAAUCAUGGUUUACUAUGCCGGGAAUGGACAAACUGAAGAGGAACAACAUUGCAUUCAUCAAAAAGAACAUUUUGAAUGGCCCCCAGACACACUUUUAACUCAGUACUGAAGUCACUCCUGAGGAUCACCCUUCAGCUAAAGAUUAGACAGGACCAUAAAACAAAACUAAAUGGGCACACCAGCCCAGGGGCAAGGCCAAGAAGGCAAGAGGGGACAGGAAAGCUGGUAAUGGGGAACCCAGAGUCAAGAAGGAGUGUUGACAUGUUGCAGGGUUGACAGUGUCACAAAACAAUAUGUGUAUUAAUUGUUUAAUGAGUAACUAAUUUGCUCUGUAAACCUUCACCUAAAGCACAAUUAAAAAAACAACAUUUCAAGAUCUAUCCUGAAAUACAGUGCUGCCAAUGAUAGGAUAAUACCCAUACGCCUACAAGGAAAACCAGUUAAUUGAACUAUUAUUCAAAUUUAUGCACCAACCGCUGAGGCCAAAGAUGAAGAAACUGAAGAUUUUUACCAACUUCUGCAGUCUGAAAUUGAUCAAACAUGCAAUCAAGAUGCAUCGAUAAUUACUGGUGCUUGGAAUGUGAAAGAUGGAAACGAAGAAGAAUCAGUAGCUGGAAAAUACGGCCUUGGUGAUAGAAACGACACUGGAAAUUGCAGGACAGAAUUUCGCAAGACCAACGACAUUAAUUGCAAAUACCUUUUUCAACAACAGUGACUAUACACAUGGGCCUCACCAGAUGAAAUACACAGGAAUCAACUACAUGUGUGGAAAAAGACAAUGGAGAAGCUCAAUAUCAUCAGAAUAAGGCCAGGGGCUGACUGUGGAAUAGACUGUCAAUUGCUCAUAUGCACGCUCAAGUUGAAGCUGAAGGAAAUUACAGCAAGUCCACGAGAGCCAAAAUACGACCUUGAAUAUAUCCCACCUGAAUUUAGAGACCAUUUCAAGAACAGAUUUGAUGCAUCAGACACUAAUGACCAAAGACCAGACAUCAAGGACAUUCAUACAUGAAGAAAGCAAAAAGUCAUUAAAAAGACACGAAAGAAAGAAGACCAAAAGGAUGUCAGUCAAAAGAGACUCUGAAACUUGCUCUUGUAGAGCAGCUAAAGAAAGUGGAAGAAAUGAUGAAGUAAAAAGAGCUGAACAGAAGAUUUUAAAGGGUGACUUGAGAGGACAAAGUGCUUGUCAUGGAUUGAAUUGUGUCCCCCCAAAAAUCUGUCAACUAGGCCAUGAUUCCCGAUAUUGUGUGACUCCACCAUUUUGCCAUCUGAUGUGAUUUUUCUGUGUGUUGUAAAUCCUAUCUCUAGGAUUUGAAAAAGCUGAAAACACAACAAAUAUGGCCAAAUAUUAUCAAACAGUUCAGCAUCGCAGAACCUUUAGAUGAUUCUAGACGGCAGUUAUGUUAAUGGGCAGGACUCAAUCUACAAGAUUAGGUUGUGUUUUAAGUCAACAUCUUUUGAAAUAUAAAAGAGAGAAGUGAGCAGAGAGACAUGGAGACCUCAUACUACCAAGAAAUGAGAGCCAGGAGAAUAGUGUGUCCUUUGAACCCAGGGUCCCUGUGCUGAGAACCUUCUUGACUGGGGAAGACUUAUGACAAAGACCUUUUCCCAGAGUGGACAGAGAAAACCUUCCCCUGGAGCUGACACCCUGAACCCGGACUUCUAGCCUACUAGAUUGUGAGAGAAUAAAUGUCUGUUGAAACCAUCCACUUGUGGUAUUUCUGUUAUAGCAGCCCUAGGUACCUAAGAAUUUGGUACCGAGAGAGUGGGGUGCUGCUCUAACAAAA